AAUAUAGGAACAAUAAAGAUAGAUAUCAUCUUCCUCUUUCCUUUUCAUAAAGUCUAAACCCAACGCGCCAUGGAAUCUUUUUGAGAGACUAAAGCUUCCAAGAACUGAAAAUUCAAGUAACUGGGAAGCUUCGAGCUGUGCGAUUCGCCAUUUCUUGACAGAUUUAGAAUCAAAUCUAGGGAUUGAGCAAAACCCACGAGUUUUUAACUUAAUGGGGCACCAUAAUUUGGGGGUUUUUCCAUUUCCAUGGCUUCUGCUGCUAUGUCUGGUUUCCCUGUCUGCGGCGAAGUUUGUGGUGGAGAAAAAUAGCUUGAGGGUUACUUCUCCUGAGAGAAUCAGGGGAACUUACGAUUCUGCCAUUGGAAAUUUUGGGAUUCCUCAGUAUGGAGGUAGCUUGGCGGGUAUGUUGGUUUAUCCUAAGGAGAAUCAAAAAGGGUGUAAAGAGUUCAGUGAUUUCCAUGUUUCGUUCCAGUCGAAACCAGGGUCUCUUCCUCUGUUCGUCAUGGUUGACCGUGGAGACUGUUUAUUUGCUCUUAAGGUUUGGAACGCCCAAAAGGUCGGUGCUUCUGCAGUUCUUGUUGCAGACCAUCUCGAUGAGCCAUUAAUUACUAUGGACUCACCUGAAGAGGAUGGUUCGACUGCGACAUACGUACAGAAUAUAACCAUACCAUCUGCGCUUAUAAGAAAGAGUUUCAGCGAACAGUUAAAGAAAGAAAUCAAUGCUGGUGAAAUGGUCAGCCUGAGUCUUGACUGGCGAGAAGCUGUUCCGCAUCCUGAUGACCGUGUGGAAUACGAGCUUUGGACUAAUAGUAACGAUGAAUGUGGGUUUAAGUGUGACAUGUUAAUGGAAUUUUUGAAAGAAUUCAAGGGUGCUGCACAGAUACUUGAGAGGCGUCACUAUACUCAGUUUACGCCACACUAUAUAACUUGGUUCUGUCCCGAGGCGUUCACCUUAAGCAGACAAUGCAAAUCACAGUGCAUCAAUCAUGGAAGAUAUUGUGCUCCUGAUCCCGAGCAGGAUUUUAGGUCGGGAUAUGAUGGAAAAGAUGUAGUAAUUGAAAACCUGAGACAGCUAUGUGUUUAUCGAGCUGCAAAUGAUAGUGGAAAGCCCUGGGUUUGGUGGGACUAUGUGACUGAUUUUCAAAUUCGAUGUCCCAUGAAGGAGAAGAAGUACAACCAGGACUGUGCUCACUCUGUAAUCAAGUCACUCGGGCUCGAUAUCGACGCAAUAGAAAAGUGCAUGGGAGACCCAAAUGCUGAUUCUGAAAAUCCUGUCCUCAAAGAAGAGCAACAAGCUCAGAUUGGGAAGGGAUCACGGGGCGAUGUAACCAUAUUGCCAACUCUCGUGGUCAAUAAUCGGCAGUAUCGAGGAAAGCUGGCUAAGGGUGCUGUUUUGAAGGCCAUUUGUGCAGGUUUUGAGGAAGCUACUGAACCAUCUAUUUGUUUGAGUAGUGAUAUUGAGACAAAUGAAUGCUUGGAGAAUAAUGGUGGUUGCUGGCAGGAUAAAGCAGACACCAAUCUUACAGCUUGCAAGGAUACUUACCGUGGGAGGGUUUGUGAGUGCCCGUUGGUAGACGGGGUGCAGCUUAAAGGAGAUGGUUACACCAUCUGUGAAGCUAGAGGGCCUGGAAGGUGUAACGUCAAUAAUGGCGGUUGUUGGCAAGAAAGUCGUAAUGGACGUUCAAUGUCUGCUUGUGUGGAUAAUGGGGAGGCCAAGUGUAAAUGUCCUCCAGGAUUUAGAGGUGAUGGUGUCAAAAGUUGUGAAGAUAUUAAUGAAUGCAAAGAGAGGAAGGCUUGUCAAUGUCCCGAGUGUAGCUGCACGAAUACGUGGGGAAGCUAUGACUGCAGUUGUAGUGGUGAUCUUUUAUACAUGAGGGACCAUGAUACAUGCAUAAGUAAGCAUGCUGGUGCAGUGAAAUCAUCUUGGAGUUUCUUUUGGGUUAUCUUGAUAGGCCUGGCUAUUGCUGCUGGUGGAGCAUAUAUGGUAUACAAAUACAGAUUAAGGGCAUAUAUGGAUUCUGAGAUCAGAGCUAUUAUGGCACAGUAUAUGCCCCUGGACAGCCAAGGAGAAGUGCCAAACCAUGUCCACGAGGACCAUAUGUGAAAUCGAUUAACGUCGUUCAUUGUGCUUUUGAAUCCAAUCGUCAAAUUUUUGGACAUAGAUCUCAUGUCGUGUUGUGUUAUGUUAUGCUGUGGCUGUAAACUUGAAAGCGUUCAUUGGUUAGAGGCUGUGAACUUGUUGACAGAUGAAGAUACUUGUAGGUUUUAGGUUAUAUGUUUGACUAGGAAUUUAGCUUGAAGAAUAUGAGAAAUCUGCCAACAACAUAACUUAGCUUCAUGACAUUGCUCUCUGUUCAUGUUGGAUAAAACACGUUUUUUUUCUUCUCGUCUU